UACGCCUUCGGGGAGAGAGAGAGGAUCAGAGGAUUAAAACGACUUCAGGAAAGGGAAAGACGUCUUCCUCUCUCUCUCUCUCUACUGUCAGUGUUCUCCUUCCGACUCUCAUUUGACCUCUGCCUGCUCCGACACAUACUCAUCACACGCCGACACCUCAGCCCCAUCCCAUUCCCCGAUGAGGAAGGACGCCUCUCCACAGUCCGCCGCCGCCGUCGGCCGCCUCUUCACCUGCUUCGACUCCAAGCCCCUCGUCGCCACAUUGCUCGCCCUCACCCUCGUCAUGCUCCUCUGGAACCUCCCCCCUUACUACCAGAACCUCCUCUCCACCACCCACGCCUCCCCCGCCGCCCCCUGCUCCGUCACCUCCAAGGUCGCCGACGAGCGGAAGCUCUCUUCCCCCACCUCCUCCUCCUCCUCCAACUCCGACGUAGCCUCCGCCCAGCAGCAGCAGCCCGAGAGCGCCGACCCCAACAAGCGCGUGUUCAAGUCCUACGGCAACGCCGCCGCCCUCUUCGUCCAGAUGGGCGCAUACCGCGGUGGGCCUGCCACGUUCGCCGUCGUGGGGCUCGCCUCCAAGCCCAUCCACGUGUUCGGGAAGCCCUGGUACAAGUGCGAGUGGGUUUCCAACAACGGCUCCGCCACCCGGGCAAAGGCCUACAAGAUGCUCCCGGACUGGGGCUACGGCCGCGUCUACACCGUCGUGGUCGUCAAUUGCACCUUCUCCUCAAAUCCCAAUGCCGACAACUCCGGUGGCAAGCUGAACCUCUUCGCUUACUACGGCGAAUCUCAACGAAGGUACGAGAAGUUCACGGCGCUCGAGGAAGCCCCCGGGGCGUACAACGAGACCAAGUACUUCCCGCCCUAUGAGUACGACUACCUUUACUGCGGGUCCUCACUGUACGGGAAUGUCAGCGCGGCGAGGAUGCGGGAAUGGAUGGCCUACCACGCGUGGUUCUUUGGGCCACGGUCCCACUUUGUGUUCCAUGAUGCUGGUGGGGUGUCCCGUGAGGUGCGGGCCGCACUUGACCCGUGGGUUCGUGCUGGGCGGGCCACUGUGCAGGACAUUCGAGGCCAGGCCGAGUUCGACGGGUACUACUACAACCAGUUCCUUGUUGUCAAUGACUGCCUCCACAGGUACCGGCUGGCUGCCAACUGGAUAUUCUUCUUCGACGUGGACGAGUACAUUUACCUGCCCGGUGGGAACACGCUCGAGUCGGUUUUGCACGAGUUCUCUAACUAUACGCAGUUCACAAUCGAGCAGAAUCCCAUGUCCAGUGCUCUCUGCCUGAACGAUUCCUCUCGGGACUACUCCAAGCAAUGGGGGUUCGAGAAGCUUCUGUUCAGGGACUCGAGGAGGGGGAUCCGGCGCGACCGCAAGUACGCGAUACAGGCCAAGAACGCCUUCGCGACAGGGGUCCACAUGUCGGAGAACGUGGUGGGCGGGGCCCUCCACAAGACCGAGACCAAGAUCCGGUACUACCACUACCACAACUCCAUCACCGUGCCGGGAGAGCUGUGCCGGGACUUCGUCCCGCCCUCGGCCAAGAACAAGGUCACGUGGCGCGACAAGCACCCCUUUGUGUACGACGACAACAUGAAGAAGCUCGCCCCCACGAUCAAGGAGUUCGAGCGGAGGACCCUCGGGAUAGGAGACUCACACGACAACCCGACCUCAUAAUCCGAGGGUAUCAUCAUCUGCCCCGUGUCCGGUCCGGAGAUCAGAUUCGGGGCACUGCGGUACAUGGUCUCGCAGCUUAUACAAGAUACCAAUUACAGAAACGAGGAAAAAUGCGUCGACAACAUGUGAAGGGGACGAUGAACAUAGGGGCUUGGUGGUGUCGGCUGUCGACAACUUUUUCUUCGCAUAAAGCGUAGGGAUGCAUAGUCAGUCAUAGCCAUUGGUUCCAUGGUGGAGGGUGUGGGGGAGGGUCAGGGGGGGAUUAUGGCAAAUGAAUGGCUUGGGCCCCACCCACCACCAGCAUGAGUGGCCAGAAACUGAGGAGGGCACCGAUGGGUUUUUUUUUGUUGGGGGGGGGGGGGGGGGGUGGUUUAGGGUCCAAAAUUAAUUCGAUUUGAUCUGAUUUGUUUAUAAGCAAAGCAAAGGUGAAUGUAUGGGUUUCCAUUCUUUUUUUUUUUUUACAAAAUUUCACUAAUCUCGUUUAUUGCUAUAAUUUAAUUAAUCAAUUUUUUUUUGUGUAUCAGAA